UUUAAAGUUAGGGGGCACUCUGAUGAGCACAUUUUAUGUUAAGGGACACUGUAAUGGGCACAUUUAUAUUAAGGGGCACUCUGAUGGAUACAUUUUAUGUUAAGGGGCAUUCUGAUGAGAACAUUUUAGUGGAAAGGGGCACUCUGAUGGGGAAUAUGAUGUAAAGGGGCACUCUGAUGGGGAAAUAUGAUAGAAAGAGGUACUUUGGGUGUAAGGGAGCACUCUGACGAGAAUACCUAAUGUAAAGGGGCACUCUGAUGGGGACAACUGAUGUAAAGUUGCACUCUGAUGGCGACACCUAAGGGGGCACAC